GUAGCGGCGCCUCGCCGUGUCAACAUCCGCCGAUGGGAAAAAAAAUACCGGCAGAUUUUAACGGUAACGAGGCCGCGGACACCUGCCUCACCUGCCUCACGUGCCUCACCUGCCGGAUUCACGGCCUCAGCUGAGCGAGAAGCCCCGGAACCAGGCCGCCCGAUGGAGGAUGGCGGCGGCGGCGAGCGCGGCCUGCUGCACCUCUGGAGGGGCUACUCCUGCAGCGUGAGCCCCGAGCGGCCGCUGCUGCCCCGGCCCGUCCUGCAGGUGGCGCUGGGCGCCCGCCACGGCGUCCUGCUGCUGGAAGGAGGGCAGGUGUACAGCUUCGGGGACUCGCCGGGGGAGCGGGGUCCGGUCCCGGAGGCGGGCUCGCUGGCCGGGCGGCGGGCGGUCGCCGUGGCGGCCGGAGACUUCCACAGCGGCGCCGUGACGGAGGACGGCGGCGUCCACAUGUGGGGGGACAACGCCGCCGGGCAGUGCGGCCUGCCGGGCCCGGCCCGCGUCCCCGACCCCGCCCCCGUGGCCCUGGCGGCCCCGGACGGCGGCCCCUCCCCCGCCGCGGCGCUGGAGCUGGCGUGCGGCGCGACGCUCUCGCUGGCUCUGUCGGCGCAGAGGGAGGUGUGGGCGUGGGGGGGCGGGGCCUGGAGGCCGCGGCGGGUGGAGCGGCUGGCGGGCCGCUGCGUGCUGCAGGUGGCGUGCGGCGCCGCCCACUGCCUGGCUCUGGUGCGCCGCCUCGGCCCCGAGGACGUCCGGCGCCCCCCGGUGGACGAGUGUGGGCGGUGCCAGCAGCUGCUCUACACCAUGACGGACCAGGAGGACCACGUCAUCAUCUCCGACAGCCACUGCUGCCCGGGGGCCCCGGAGGCCCCGGAGGCCCCGGAGGGCCCCGCCCCCCCACCGGGGCCGGAGGCCCCCCCCUCUGAGCCCCCGCCCCCCAGCUCCACCCCCCCUCCUGAAGGUGGCGAUCCCGCCUCUGCAGCCCCGCCCCCGCAGAAAGAAGAGACGCCGUCGGCUGACGGUGCCGUCUCGUGCUCCGCCCACUCCGCCCCCUCCGCGUGCUCCGCCCACUCCGCCCGCUCCGCCCACAGCGUCAGGAACUCGCCGUAUCCGGACGAGCGGGCGGUCAGAGACUACCUGAAGAGACUGUCCGACCAGAAGCCCGGAGGCCUGCUGCCCUCGGCGAGAGCUCCGGGCUCCUCCGCCCCCGCCGCCGCCGCCUCCUCCGCCCUCAACAGCCUGGUGGCCUCCUGCGCGUCGGCGGUGGGGGGGCGGGUGGCCUCCACCUACGAGGCGCUGUCCCUCAGGAGGAUGAUGAACUACCUGCCGUCCGGGACGCCCCGGCAGGCCGGCGGGACGGCGGACGCCAAGAAGAGCUGCAGCACCGGGGACAUCCGCCAGGACGAGGACGAGGCGACGAGACGCCGCCUGUCGCUGCCGGGACUGCUGGCACACGUGUCCCCCCGCCUGCUGAGGACGGCCGGCCGGUCCAGGUCGCGGGCCGUGGCCCCGCCCCCUGUGGGGGAGUGGCCCCCCGAGGCCCCGGAGGCGCUGCCCCCCCUGCAGACCGAGGUGUGGAGCUGGGGUCACGGAGACCGGGGCCAGCUGGGACACGGGGACACGCUGGACAGGCCUCAGCCUCUCUGCAUCCGCAGUCUGGACGGGAAGGAGGUGGUCCGGCUGGCGGCCGGGGGUCACCACUCGGUGGCGCUGACGGCUCAGUGUCAGGUCUUCUCGUGGGGCUGCAACAGAUCCGGUCAGCUGGGACACAUGGAGUCUCCCAGCACGGUGCCCCGCCUCGCCAAGCUGUCGGAGGGGAUCCGGGUCUGGGACGUGAGCGCUGGACAGAAGCACACCGUCCUGCUGGCGGACGGAGACUGCCUCCAGCCCAUCAUCUACUACAGCGGCCAGCAGGGGGAGCUGCAGGCGGAGCUGCAGGGGGCGGAGGAGGAGGAGUCUGCAGGAUUUACCCAGCAGCCCGUGCUUCUGCCCUUCUGCAUGAACCUGGGCUUCGUCAGCGGUGUGUGUGCGGGCGGCGGGCGCUGUGCGGCGCUGUCGGACAGGAACGUGAUGGGCCUGGUCUCCAGCCUCCACGAGCUGGCGGCGGCCGAGCGGCGGUUCUACUGCUGGCUGAGCGCCGUGGCGUCCGGGGUGCUGCGCCCCCUGCUGGAGCUGGACUCGCUGGGCUCGGCGCUGGGCGCCGCCGCCCUGGUUCUGCUGCGGACGCUGGCGGGACGCUUCGGCCUGCUGAGUCAGCUGACCGGGCGGCACGCCGCCGGCCUGAGGCGGGGCCGCCGGGUCCGGGACCUGCCGCUGCUGGAGCACACCGACCUCUUCCUGGACACCUACGAUGAAUACUGCACGGCGGUGGGAAACUUCCAGGUGAUGGGGGGCUUCCAGGCUCUGACCAAGCCAUGCCUAGACGUCUUUGGGAAAGGGGCGGAGCUGCUCCAGAGGCUGUCGGACUGCAGCGAGGACGGCGCCGCCGUGGCCGACCUGCGGGCGCUCUUCUACCUGCCAACGCGCCACCUGCAGGAGUACGGACGCCUGGUCCUCAAACUGACCACCUGCUUCGAAGUGUGCAGUGAGGACUUCCAGAAGCUUCAGGACUGCUGCUCCAGGAUCGAGUCCUGCGUCCUGCAGCUGAAGAGGAGGAGGAAGGACUCGGAGGUCACCUUCCACUUCUGGAAGAACUUCCCUGGGAAGAUGACGGACUCCCUCAGGAAGCCUCAGCGCCGCCUCCUCUGUGAGAGCAGCAACAAAUCUUUAACCCUUCAGAACGCCGGACGCUUCUCCGUCAACUGGUUCAUCCUGUUCAACGACGCUCUGGUCCACGCUCAGGGCGUGGCGCCUUAUAAAAACCUUUUCUCCACCCAUCAUGUCUUCCCUGUGUCCACUCUGUGGGUGGAGCCUGUCCCCGAGGAGGACGGACUGUUUGGACUGAAGGUGGUCACACCAGAGGAGACGUUCACACUGCUGGCCUCGUCGUCCUCAGAGAAGAUGAAGUGGCUUCGCUCCAUCAGCCAGGCGGUGGAGCAGGCUCUGGGUGGGGCGGGGCAGGACGGAGGGGGCGGGGCUCCGCUGUCCAGGACGGCGUCCUACACCUUCUACAAAGAAGGACGGCUGAAGGACGCCACGUAUGACGGAGGCUGGCUGAGCGGGAAGCCCAGCGGCAGGGGAGUGCUGACGUGGCCCGACGGCAGGACGUACACCGGAGCGUUCAGGGACGGGCUGGAGGACGGCUUCGGGGAGUUCGUCUCCCCCAACAAGACGCUCAACAAGAGCGACGUCUACCAGGGCCAGUGGAGGGACGGGAAAAUGCACGGCCUGGGGACCUACCGGUACGCCAGCGGCGAGGUCUACGAGGGGUCCUUCCAGGACGGCGUGAGGCACGGCCACGGCACGCUGAGCACCGGGAAGCUCAACACCUCGUCCCCCAGCGUCUUCGUCGGCCAGUGGCAGCAGGACGCGAAGACGGGAUACGGCGUCUUCGACGACAUCACCAAAGGAGAGAAGUACAUGGGCAUGUGGCAGGACAACCAGAGGACGGGCCCCGGCGUGGUCGUCACCCAGUUCGGCCUGUACUACGAGGGAGCCUUCAAGGACAACAAGAUGAUGGUGAGAGCCGCCGACGCACACCCGGACCACCCGCCCCGCCUGGUGGCCCUCCUUGGAGCGUCGGGCGUCGGCGUGAACGAGCUGCGGAGGCGUCUGAUCGAGAUGAACCCCACCGUCUUCCAGGGAGCCGUCCCUCACACCACCAGACCGGCCCGGGGCUACGAGGAGGACGGCCGCGAGUAUUUCUUCACCACCAGAGACGUCUUUGACCACAUGGUCUGUAACAGCAGGUUCCUGGAGUAUGGGGAGUACCACGGCCACCUGUACGGUACCAGCGUGGACUCGGUCCUGGCGGUGUUGCGCAGCGGGAAGAUGUGCGUCGUGGACAUCGAGCCCAGCGCCGUUCAGGCUGUGAGGAGCCACCAGCUGAGGGCCUACAUCAUCUACGUGAAGCCCCCCCCUCUGGAGCGCCUGCGGCAGACCCGGCGGGACGCCUCCAUCACCACCACCUACUACGUUAACAGACCCUUCAAGGAGGAAGACUUCCAGGACAUGGAGGACUCGGCCCGGAACCUCGAGUCCCACUUCUGUCAGUUCUUUGAUCAUGUGAUCGUCAACGACGACCUGCAGGACUCCUGCGUCCAGCUGCUGACGGCGGUGAGGAGGGCCCAGGACGAGCCGCAGUGGGUCCCGGCCAGCUGGAUCCGGGCCAGCCAAGAGUCCUAG